CUGAUGUUUAAAACUCAUUGGGAACAAGUCGCAUCUUUACCAAACACAAGAGCGAAAAGGGUUAAUUGCCUUGAUUGUUUGAUUGUAUCUUGUAGAUAUCAGUCGAAUGGGCCAUAUUAGCAAUCAACCAUUGUCUUCUCCUUUUCCUCUUCCUCUUUACUCUCUCUCCGCCUUUUUAUAUUUAUAUUUUAUAUCUUAUAUCUUAUAUUUUACUUCCUGACUUUUUUCUCACGAGGAAUGUCUUUUUUCGUCCUCCUGUCUCCUAUCCCUCUGUUUAUUCCAACCUACUUAUGCCUGUCUGCUUCCGUUCUUUGUUCCUGCUUUGCUUUGCAUAAUUCGCUCUAGAUUCUGAACCGACUUUUGGAGCAAAGGGUCUUCCCACAACUCCAGUCUUCGGCGCCAGCCUCGAGGAUGCAGUUCGCAUGUCCCACAUCCCGUCCACUCCAAUGGUCCCUGCAGUACUUUACCGCUGUGUAGAAUAUCUCGAAGCCAAAGGUAUCGAUGAAGUAGGACUCUAUCGUGUUCCAGGAAGUCAUGCAAGCGUACAAAAAUUGAAAAAGAUGUUUGACUCUGGCAAAGACCACAAACUUUUGACCAUGGAUGGAAUUGAUCCCAACGACAUCGCCACACUCUUGAAGCUAUACUUGCGUGAACUGCCUUCGCCUCUCUUUCCUGCUGUGUUCUUGGAGCAAUUUCAGUCUGUAAUUUCCACCGAUCGUCAAGUGUGUCACAGUCUCCGCGGGAUUCUCGUCAGACUCCCCCGGACGAAUUAUGUUGUCUUGUCAUUCUUGUGCCACCACCUCUCGAAAAUCGCAGCAUACUCUGAAAAAACAAAAAUGAAUGUUUCAAACUUGGCUGUUGUCUUUGCACCCACGCUGUCAAUCGGUAGUGUCCUCUUCAGAGCUUUGCUGGGCGGAUACUAUGAUACCCCAGACUCCUUUGAGAAUCGUGAACAGGGCCUCAAAAUCGUCUGGGGUGGUCUCUCGCAGGAUUUCGAUUAUACACAGGACGAAUGGGAGGAAGGACCCUUGAAUCGUCUUUCGAGGGCACCUCUUGGCAGUCUCCCCUAUCAAUCCUCACCCCAGCUACCACUCACCCCAGCUCAGGAACUCGUCCAUGCCACUACAUUGGCCAAAGCUGAAGCUGUACUUCCUCCUGCACCACUUGCGCCUGCAGCCAUCUCAGUCACACCCAUUGCUCCAACUGUACCAGUUGUAUCAACCACACCAGCCACACCAGCCACACCUGAUGCCCCAACACAAGUACUCUCUCCUGUCCGGCUUUAUGCCUCUGAGGAUGCUCUGAUUGAGCAGCCUUUGCCAUCAACAACAGAGGUCCCUGCACAAACACAAAUCGCUCAAACGAAACCAUGCACUGCUGAGGAUGAGGAGAAUCAACUCAUGGCAGCAAUGCUCCUUCGUGAGGAAUUGGCAGCCAAAAACCGCAAGGAUGAUGACGAUGACGAAUCAACAUCAGAUGCCGCGAGCUCAACAAGCUCUAUCCCCUGCACAGACACAACUGCUCUCUCUGCAGUUUCAUCUCCAGGAUUGAAUGCCAAAGAGCAGGUCUCUGAAGCAUCGUUUGCCUCGCCAUCCAUGGCCUUUUCGCCUAUCAUGGCAACCUCAAUCCCUGGAAAACAUCAUGUCCCAUCAUCCAUGUCCGCACCGUCCUCGGCUAUACCCCUAAUUGGUCACACCACAUCCUCCCUGUCAAUGCAGUUAGCAACCACAACCACAGCCACAGCCACGUCUUCAUACCCCGCACCAUCUACUGUCAAUGUCACAAUCGAUUCUGAAUCAUUGGACCCUAUGGCCGGUGCAGCACCAGCAUCUGAGGCCACCUCUUCUGGACUGUUCACAGCAGGUGAUAAAGAAGAACUGAGCAUCGAUUCAGACAUUCCACUUGCCACUGUAUCGGUCACACCACAACUCCCACCUCUUGAAGGCCUGAUGAUUGCGUUGUAACAUUAUAAAUAACCAAGUUCUUGUAGUUUAAUGAAUAAACAUAUAUAGAGAUAUAUAUAUUAUUAUUUAUUA